AGCGGAAAUGGAAACUGCGAUCUGUAUGUACCUGGCUCCUUUUGGGUCUGAGAGAAAGGGAGAGAAAGAGGUCGUGAGAUCUAACGAGAAGCUGAUCUAAUUUCCUGUGGUUGAAACUUUUAUCCACCAAAAUGUCAAAAAGGCCAUCUUAUGCUCCACCACCCACCCCAGCCCCCACGACCCAAAUGCCCAGCACACCGGGGUUUGUGGGAUACAAUCCAUACAGCCAUCUGGCGUACAACAACUACAGGCUGGGAGGGAACCCGGGCACCAACAGCCGGGCCACGGCAUCAUCGGGUAUUACAAUCCCUAAACCCCCAAAGCCUCCAGAUAAGCCACUCAUGCCCUACAUGAGGUACAGCAGGAAGGUCUGGGACCAAGUGAAGGCAUCCAACCCUGACUUGAAGUUAUGGGAAAUUGGGAAGAUCAUUGGAGGGAUGUGGCGUGACCUCACUGAUGAAGAGAAGCAAGAAUACUUAAAUGAAUAUGAAGCAGAAAAGAUAGAGUACAACGAAUCAAUGAAGGCCUAUCAUAACUCACCUGCUUACCUUGCCUAUAUCAAUGCCAAAAGCCGUGCUGAAGCUGCACUGGAGGAAGAAAGCCGGCAAAGGCAAUCUCGAAUGGAGAAAGGUGAACCUUAUAUGAGUAUCCAGCCUGCUGAGGAUCCAGAUGAUUAUGAUGAUGGAUUUUCUAUGAAGCAUACUGCUACUGCCCGUUUCCAGAGAAACCACCGCUUAAUUAGUGAGAUCCUGAGUGAAAGCGUAGUCCCUGAUGUUAGAUCUGUGGUUACUACAGCAAGAAUGCAAGUCCUCAAACGCCAAGUCCAGUCACUAAUGGUUCAUCAGCGUAAACUUGAAGCUGAACUCCUUCAAAUAGAAGAACGUCAUCAAGAAAAGAAGAGGAAGUUUUUGGAAAGCACGGAAUCUUUUAACAGUGAACUUAAACGGCUGUGCAGCCUGAAGGUAGAAGUGGACAUGGAGAAAAUUGCUGCAGAAAUUGCGCAGGCUGAAGAACAAGCCCGUAAGCGGCAGGAAGAAAGGGAGAAAGAGGCUGCAGAGCAAGCUGAACGCAGUCAGACCAGCAUGGGCACUGAGGAGGAGCAGGCAGCAGGCAAGGCAGAGGAGAAAAAAGAAGAGGGAACUCCUCCCAUGGAAACAGAACCUCCUCCAGAAGAAGCUAUUGAGAAUCAGCAGAAUGGUGAAGGGACGUCCACUCCUGAAGACAAGGAGAGUGGGCAAGAAGGUGUUGAAAGCAUGGCAGAGGAAGGAACGAGUGAUAGCAAUACUGGUUCAGAAAGCAAUAGUGCCCUAGCUGAAGAACCCCCAGCUGACCCAAUAACUUCAGAAGAUGGUGAAAAGAAAGAGUAAAAAGAAAAGAAAAAAAUCACGUCUUUCCAUAUAGGUUUUCACUUUUUAAAAAGAUUCGUGAAUUGUAGUGGAGUUGAUAUGUAAGCUGUCAUUAGUAUGGUUUCUUCAGUAUAAUCCAUGCAUUUUUAAUCUAUAUGCUAUGAUAAAAAUGUAAUAGUUACCCAACAAUAUGAUUUAUAAGAAUAGCAUCAUAUAUUUAACGUAGCUUUAUAAUUGAUUUGGCUAUUGUCCUAUAUCUAAGCCCUUAAAAAGUUACUUUGUUCUCAGUUAGUAGCAGACGGCUUAGAGUGAGAUGUAUGUAUUCCCAAUUAUAGCUUCUUUCAAAUCUGAUCAAAGUUACUACUUAUAGAAACAUUAUCUUAUAAAUAUUACAAGGUGCCUAAUUCUCCUUACAGUUCCCUGUUUUGGAAUCUGCAAAAGUAAAAAACACCUGCACUGUUGCAUAUGCUAUAGACUUUCAGCACUAAAAGCCAGCAUUGAUAAAAUGAUAUUUUUAAUUUCUAUACUUCUAAACCCCAAAGGCUUUCAUCUGUCGUUCCUUGUAUAGCUUACUUGUUUGCUUUAUUGUUUUUUCUCCCUUGCAGCAAUUCAGUUUCUUAUGCAAGCAGAACACAUAUUCUCCCAAGGCAUAUGACUCUUUAGGCCAUUCUUGUCCAAAAUAUAGUUGCAUUAUUCACCUUCAUUAUGUUCAGAGUAAUGUGGGAUUUUUUAUUUUUUUAGGGGGGAGGGCUCUCUUCCGUUCCCCCAACAAUACUCUUUGAUGCCUUGGUUGACAAUGAAGUUGUGUGUGGUAAAACAUAAUUCCUGGCAGUUGCUUAAAGUUUAUCAAGCUUUUCUCCUUCACAUCUGUACCAAGCAGCAAAAGUAUAAUUCACUAAACAAUUCUCUAACAAUAGAAGUCCAAAAUAUUUCUUACACCUUCAUGUAGUUUUCUUUUUAAUUAAGCAUGAACGAUCACAAUUUUGCUUUAGGGUUAAAAUUUCCAAGGAAUUUAUGUAAAAGAUGGUAACUUUAACUAAAGAAAGGCACUAGGUUUUGUAGAAAUUUCCUAAUCCAUUGUUGGUUUAUAGAUUUGUAAUGCUUUUGUUUAGGUUCUUUCUUUUUUACUCUGUUUAUUCAAAAAGUUUUUUGAUAUAAUAAACCAGUACUUGUU